AUGUUUCAACUCUACAGAGAGAGCAAUAUCGGAAAGGCUUUCCAAGAUACGAUCGAAGAGAAAAUCAACUCGCAAGCAAUAACGCCCCAGCAGGGGAACGCAUUGCUGGAGGAAUUUGACACCGCCGUUGAGAAGGUUUUCAACCGAAGCGUUCAUGCAAAAAUGAGCUUCAAGGCGUCAAUAAUAAGAUACAAGAACUUCGCCGAUGUUUGGACGUUUGUUGUUAAAAACUUUGUUAUGACAUUGAAUGACAAGCUGGUUCACGCUGAUAGAGUGAAAAUAGUGGCCUGCGACGCGAACAUAAACAGCGAGAGAACCACGCGAGGAAAAGGCCUGGAUAAAAAAAAGACGUUUUAA